UACGAUGCGGUGUUUUUUGAAAUUUAAAAUAUAAUUCGAUAGAAUAAAGAAUAGUUGCUGAACUUCGCAAUGAUAUUGUUUUGCUCCGAAAGGCUCAGAGCUUGUUUAAUUCAUUUUGAUAUAAAGCUAUAUUUUGUGAAGGAGUAGUAUGAUUUAUAGCUCUCUAAAAUUGUGAUCCCUUAUCUUCAACUAUCAUUUUAGUUGUGUUUGAUUUGCUAUUUGCUUAUUCCGUGUAGGAAUUUUGUACGAACUACUUCUUUUUGUGAGCUCAUAUUAUUGCGUUUCGUCUCAUUAAGUACAGAAAAUGUCCUUGUCUCACUUUGAUGAACGAAGUGGUAUUGUUGCUGCAGAUACUCCUUGGGGACGGUGGUGGCAAACAGUCAAUGAAGUAUUCAUUGAAAUUAACGUGCCUCCAGAAACACCAGGGAAACUCUGCAAAAUUAGCAUUCGACCGAAUUGCAUAGAGUGCAAUGUUCGGAACGAGGAGAUAUUAAAGGGCACAUUGUUUAAAACUGUUAUGCCUGAUGAAAGCACUUGGACAUUAGAGGAGCGAAAGAAAAUUCUUAUUCUCUUGACUAAAGCUGAAAAAUUUACCCACGAAAAUUUGUGGGUUAGUUUACUAAAAGAUGGUGGUUUUGCUGCUAAUCCAUAUGUUCAGCAUGAAAUGUUAAAAAAACUAGAUUUAGAGAAAUUUCAAAUAGAGCAUCCCGGUUUUGACUUCAGUGGAGCAGAUCUAUCAAAGACUUAUGACAACCCACCAUUUAUUCCUGGAGCAUCCAACGAAGAGUGUAGAUAAAAUUUUAAUUUUACACAAAUUUAAUAUUUUCUGUGGAAAAAAAAUAAGAAAAUCGAAGAAGCUUCAAGUAUUAUUGAAGCAAAGUAUCAUUGAUUUGAUAUUGAAUUGUAAAUAUUUUUUCUGUUUUAUCUCAUAAUCACAUUAAAUUUUCCUUUGUGCUAUGUUUGUCGUCCUGCAAAAUUUAAAGAGUAAAAUUCUACAAUCCUUCCAAGAAUGAUACUUUUGUUAUUGUUAUUGAAAACUAUCAAAAACAUAAUUCAUUAUGGUUUACAACUUUCAAACGUAUAUUGUGGACUGAGUACUGCAAAUAGGUUACCACAAAUUAAAAAAAAUAAGAAUGGUUCAUUUUAGUUGGAAAUUUUUGUUUGAAGGAAGACCUAAAAUACAAAUACAAAAGUGACGACCAGCAACAGGCUCUGAGCCCAGCUAGACUGGUCCUAGUCAAUUUUACUAAGUAGUAAUAAUAGUCAAUAUAGUCACUUCUAAUAAAUUAUUUAGAAUUUUAAUAAUUUAGAAAUAGUAGUUGAAUUACAUUCAUAUCAAGUGUUCAUAUCCCCAAAAAUUGUGAAAAAACAUACACUUAUCAAGUUUUCCUGGAAAGUAUGAGAAAAGCUAAAUUGUAGUUGCCUAUUUCCAGUAUUCCUCUGACAAUGUAUGAUCAGGGUCCAAUAAAUCCUGAACCCCAGAUGGACUGAGCAGUUAACAAUAUACCUUGGCGACUAUUUAUUUUGGAAUAAGAAGGAAUAUGUAUAUAAACUGUGGGAAAUAAUUUGUCAGACACCUAUAAUUUUUUCCUGGCUCCUAAAAUGUUUCAAGUUUUAUAAGAUCCUGCUUAUAAUUUGUUUUGGUUUUUAUCAGCAUUAAAUUUUUGCAAUGAAAAGUAAUUUUAUUUAUUCAUUUGUAGGGAUGCAUUGAAUACCAUAUUUUGGGGGAUACCGAUUGUUCGGUUAAAAUUUAAUGAAUAUUUUACUAAAUACCAAAUAUUUUAACUAUAAUAUUUGUAUCCUGAACUAUA